AUGGCUUUUACGAGUUCAUUCUCGCUGGAUACCGCGUCUCUAAUAUCGACGGUGCUGGAAGGCAUUAUAUAUGGUUUUUCGGUCCUCAUGUUUAUUGGCACCAUGUGGGCAAUGACCUACAAGCGUACCAUGCGAGAUAUCAAUCGCCCAGUCGCUGCCGCAGCCAUCCUGCUGUCGCACAUGGUCGUCCGCAUUAUUCGGAUCGAAUACGGACUGGUGACGUACCAUGGUGUGCCAGCGGCGUACUUUGCAGAUGUUUCUCAAGAAACGUAUAUAAUCAAGAAUUCAAUAUACGUUCUGCAAACUCUGCUUGGUGAUGCGGUGGCGAUUUAUCGUUGUUACGUCGUCUGGCAAGCUGCCUGGGUCAUCAUUCUACCAAGCUUGCUGUGGUGCUGCGUCGCAGUCACCGGUGCUCUCUCAGUUUACGGCGAUUCACAAACCGGCAGUAACGGAAUAAUUUCUACUAAAGUGAAUGUAGAAUGCAUGGGAGCGUUCUGUGGCCUGACACUUGCAGCAAAUUUGACGAGUUCAGGAUUACUUGCGUAUCGCAUCUGGAAAAUCGAGCGCAAUGUCUCUUCCUCUCGCACUUCAAAGGCCCUGACCACGAGUAUAAUACGUGUAAUAAUGGAUUCUGCUAUUUUGUACACCAUAGCGCUCCUCGCUACAGUAAGUGGAUCCCUCUGCUUGGGCACUGGACCGUUUACUCUGAUAGACAUGCUCACGCCGGUCAUCUCAAUUGCUUUCUACAUGAUAAUAAUUCGAAUCGCAAUCGGUCAAAACACUCACACUCAGAUUUUGACUGUCCGUGGGGGGAUGACCAGUGAAACGGAACGAGGGAGCUCGUCGCAAUAUUCUAUGAAGCCUCUGCGGGUCGACAUAUCCCGCUCCACGCACACCGACAGUACCAGUGUGUACAAGACUUCAAGUUGGAACGAGAGCGGACCACCGACAGGCAAGGAGUCUUUGGGUGAGACAUCUUGCGAUGCAUUGUCAGGCUAA